ACAGACAGACAGACAGACAGAGACAGUUAUAAAGGCAGACAGACACACAGUGAGACAGGCGGCGGUGCACGCAGAGAGACGGGGCGCUGUGAAGUGGUCCGUGGCCCGGCUGUCUGCUCCGGCCAUGCGCGGAGAGGAUGGGGGAACAGACGAAAGUUUCUCCGCUCAAGAACUUCGUCGCUGGGGGAGUCGGCGGAGCCUGUCUGCUGCUGGCCGGACACCCGCUGGACACCAUCAAGGUGAGGCUACAGACGCAGCCCAAAGCCUCCUGCUCUCAGUAUGCUCUCUACAGAGGAACGUAUGACUGUUUCCGCAAGACCAUAUCCAAAGAGGGUAUCCUUGGCCUCUAUAGAGGUAUGGGGGCUCCCCUGGCAGGCGUGGCUCCUAUGAUGGCCAUCAGUUUCUUUGGCUUCGGUCUGGGAAAACAGCUCCAGCAGACGGAUCCUGGCAAACCCCUAACGCACGCUCAGAUAUUCCUGUCGGGCUGUCUGGCAGGGGUCUUCACCACCGUGAUUGUGGCUCCAGGAGAGAGGAUCAAAUGUUUACUGCAGGUGCAGGCCAGCAGUGGAGAGUCGAGGUAUGCAGGUCCAAUAGACUGUGCAGUCCGGCUCUACAAGGAGCAGGGGAUCCGCAGUGUCUACAAAGGGACUGUGCUUACUCUCAUCAGAGAUGUGCCUUCUAAUGGUUUGUACUUCCUGACAUAUGAAUACCUCAAAAACUUCCUGACACCUGAGGGUCAAAGUGUUUCUCAGCUCAGUACUCCCAACAUCCUCCUGGCUGGUGGAGUCGCAGGGAUAUUAAACUGGAUCAUUGCUCUUCCUCCAGAUGUCCUGAAAUCCAACUUCCAGACAGCUGCAGAUGGGAAGUACAGAGGCCUGGUCGACGUCCUGAGAACGCUGCUUCGGGAAGAAGGACCUAAAGCUCUCUAUAAGGGAUUUAACGCUGUCUUUCUACGAGCCUUCCCUGCUAACGCGGCCUGUUUUUUGGGAUUUGAAGUGGCACUAAAGGGAUUAAACAUGCUCGCACCCGGUUGGUGAGAUAAGCCUGUUUGUUAUGGAGAGUCUGUAACUGGCCACCAGUCUGGACCAGUAUCUUACUGGGACAUAGCUCCCUUCUGAGUUACAUCUGUUUCUUUGUACCUCAAACCGUGUUUCAUGUCUCUGGAGUCACAUUUCAGGAUGGUAAAGUUUUUGUAUUCUUAAAUGUAUUUUUACAUUUAAUUUUACAAAUGAAUUAUUUUAAUUGACAUCCUUUGUAACCAUGAUUUUAUACUCACUUUUUGUGAACAAAUGUAUAAUAUACAUUGAAUGUAUGAUUUUGAAAUAUAAUGUAUGCAUAUUUUUUGG